CGUGAUGUUGCUGCCUGGCGAGACUUGGCGCACGUUUCAAAACUGUGUUGGCAUUCGAUCGUACAGCUCGGCUCGUUCGUAUAACUUGAUCUUCAGAAAACAUCAUGUCGGCGAUUAAAAAAGCAUUGAGGUCUUCGAUGCGGCGUAAGAGAUACGCUGUUUUCGAACAGAAAGAGAAUGACUACAUACACACGCCGACAUUCAAGCGAAGUUUAUCGAAUCCAGAGGAAACGGUUUCAAGUGAUCCCUCCCAACAAUUUGAACAAGACAAACAGCGAUCUUCCGUUUUUCGUCGCGGGUCGCAAGUAACCAGAUCGUUCAGAGAUGCAGUUGGAGUUAUUCGGCAGAAAAUCAGAACUUCAACUCGCCGGCUGGCACCUUUACAAGAACGCAACAAUACUACAACUACGCCAAAUCGCCGUAAAAGUACAUCCGAGGUUGACAUAUACUCUCCUUUUCACAUAGAAACCCCAACACGGUCUGGAAGGGUAUCCCGACGAUCAAACAUCAAAACAUGUGUCAACAUGGAAACUCCAACACGAUUGCGGCGAGAGGUGGAAGCACUAACAGCUAACAUGCAGGCACUAGCAUCUUUGUCACCAAACACCCUGAGAGACCGUCAUUCUUCAAAGAGAAAGUCACCAGCUGCUACACUCACCAAUGGCAGUCUCAGGACACCAAAACAAGCUAGGCGUCGCAUUGACUCAAACACCAAGUGAACAAAACCUAAUGAAAUGUGCUUUUAAAUACUCACAAUCUACACGCAAGUGAAACUGGAAUUUAGGAUGUAAAAAUCUGUGGCUAAGGGCCUCAAAAGUACAAAUAUUGCAAAUAAUACAGAAGAUUUCUGGCAAGUUGCAGAAAAUAAAGUGCAUGUAAUUAAUGGCCCAACUUUUUCAAAGGUCAUCAUAGCUUUGGUUUUGACAUUCUUUUUUCGCAGACAUGUUGGUCAUUGAACAUCCCCUACAUUUGAAAGGGAAAAUAGGAAUAAUUUUCUUUGUGAAGUGGUCUAUCUGGGUUAAGAACUUUUCCUUUCUUUGUUACAUUUUUUUCUGGUAAAGGUAUAACUGUCUGCUAGUUUUAAGUACAGUGAAUGAUGAGCAAGCAGUAUUGUGAUGGACGUGUAUACCUUUUAUUUGAAAUGUUUUCCCAGCAUCAGUUGUGAGAUAGUUUUUAUGGCAUUAAACUGUUUUUUGUGGUUUAAGUAAACAUAAAACAGCUAGAAGGAACAAAAAGGCAUUUUAAUUCAUAUAUUUCUGUUGUUGGUGCUUUAUUUAACCACUGUUUCAUUUUUUUUUAAUCAUUGCAAGUGCUAUACCAGAAUUUUAUUUUAUUUAUUUUAUAUUAUUCAGUCAUUGCAUCAUGUGGUCACUGGUAGCGUUUCAACCAUUAUUUGUUAAAUUUGCUUUUGUAAUCUGUGCUACCUGUAUGGAUUUGACAAAGUCACAGGGCAGCAUUUCAGAUGUGGACGGGGUGCUUUUACAAAGAUAAUUUUUACAUCAGUGAGAGAAGCUGACCUUUUUUUCCAGCUUUUCACCACUAGAGCACUAUAUGUGCCAUUCAACCACCUUGUAAAAUUAAUCCAAGCACAAGAAGUAAACAUGUGUAAAAUAAUUCUUCUCAGUUACAUAUUUUGCUGCACUUUGUUUGCCUUAAAUGUUGUAAUGCGCAAUUUUCUAAUUUAUUGUCUGGUCAGGUAUGUAUCUCCUGACCUGGCAAAUUUUCCUCUUGCCAAACAUUUUUUAACUGUUGUGCCUUACCCCUAACCUUUUCAAGACUGUGUUCAGAAGCUUUAUGAAGAUAGUCAAAUGUUAAUAUUAUCUUUAAAACUUUUAUUCUCUUACACAGUAGAUGUCCAGUAAGAAAAGUGGGUCAUGAAGCCUCUCACUGGGGUUGGUUCCUCUGCCUACCUUUUUGGUAAAAACUGUGUUGUCUAAUCUUGGUACUAUUCCAAGGGGGAAAAAAAUUCUCCUUCUAAACAAGUAUAAAAGUGAUACACAACUUGACAUUUUGCAACCCACUUUUUUUGAAAAAUUGGUGCUUAUGUACAGAUUUUUAGUGUUUGUGUGUGUGUGUGUGGUUUUUUUUUCUAAGACAGCAUCUUUGCUAAGAUAUAAAAUAUUGCUGUAGACCCUAGGCAGUUGUAUUUUUAUAGGCCAUUAUGUUAAAUGGUCUUGCUUUAUCAUUUUUCGAGUAAGCUGACUACGACAAGCAUGGAGUAGAAACAUUUUGAUGUGCAUGUCCAUCAAAAUGCAGUUUUCAAUGGGAUUUUCCAAUGGCACAGUAUGCUUUUUAAAAUUGUAUACUUUUAUAUAUUAUUUGCUGCAAUGUGCCCAAAUUACUUAGUUUCUUUCCCCCCCCCCCCUACUUUAAGUCAGACAUUUUUCAUUCCUGUGCAAAACCAAUUUUUUUUUGUAGCUUGAUUUGCCUAUAUACAGAGUAAAUCAGAGCUUUUUGUUUUGCCCUAGGCAGCAUUGUGCUUUUUUUAAAAUUGGUCAGUUAUUGUAUUGAACUAAAUCUUUUGAAGGUUGUCUUGUCAUUUGACAGAAUUAUGGCAAAAAUCUGUUGUAUUCUCUUCUGAUAAAGUGGCUAACAUUGAAGAACUUUGUCGUCUGUGUGCUUAUAACAGACCAAAUUCCUGACAGUAUUCUCAUGCUCUAUGAUUAAUAAUCUUAUCUUUACUGUGUUCUUUCCAAUCAUAAGAUUUCAUUGGUGCAUAAUACAAUAUGCUAGUGCAGCUUGUUCAAGCCACAUUCAGGUAUUCUGCAAUAGCUCUUUCAGGGAGAAUCAUCAAUAAAAAAACUAAACUUUAA